UUGCUGUGCCGAUCGAACGGUUCUGUUCUCGAUUUCGGUGACCUGCGGUUGAACUCGAGUGGCUGAAUUGCGAUUGCUCCGUGUUUUGCCGGGGUUCCUGCGCGCAUCGAUUGAUGCCGACGGAGCGAACGGGGGAUUUUGUUUUCUGCACCAUUUCUCAGAAAGGUUGGAGCAAAACACAGUGAGAUUUGGCAAUUUCGACACCUGGGUUGAGUGAGAUAGUGUUUGAGAGUGUGAGGUAAUGCUAUGAAAGUAGUGAAGUGGAGCUGCAAUGAGACCUGUAAAGGACAGAAACGUGAAGGCUCCUCCUAGUGGCAUUGCAAAAAAAGUUUACAAGGGAAGGGAUAAAUCUGUAAAGAGAACGGGUCAGCUGCAUCACGUUUUAAAAGAACAAGGUAAAUAUCUCUUGGAAACAGAAAAAGAGUUGCCUGCAGUUCAGCAUUCUCCAGCGCAGAGACUUGAUCCUUCGACAAAGAUCAAGUUGCAGCUUUUCCCCAUUGAUGAAGUCACUCGCUUAGGAUUGCAAAAGGAUGGACAUCAUCCAUAUUUGGAGCUCACUUUAAAAGCUCAGAAAAGGAUUUCCUCUGUUGUGAAGCACCUGCAAACUAAGUGGGGAAGUUCGACCAUUGCAACUGGAGAACCUGUCCUUUAUCCAUAUAGCAUAGAGGAGGCAAAAAGUAGUCCUGACAGAUGGACUUUGGAUGAUAAAGAUGUAAGUGCAGGUGAUGUCCAUGCAGCUAUUGGUAGCCCUACGUUGUUCCGCCUAAGGUAUGGCUGGUUCUCUAAUGCUGGAAGUGAAAGCCUGGGUAAAUCUUCUAAGUGGACCCCGGCAAAGUCCCUGAACCCAGCAUCAUUUCUCACCAAGUAUUCUCACCAACAUGAAGGCAUCCAGAAAGGUUGUGAAAGUAACAUCAAUAGUAAGUGUGAUGAGGGGAGAAAGUUUGAGAAGGCAGAUAGUGAAGUAACAAAAACAGUUGGUGGUGUGAAGGACCAUGAAAUCAUGGUGGACAACUUAGUGGAUCAUCCAGUAGAUCGGAUGAAUACUGUUGAGUGCAAUGAAGGGGGUCUCGGGCAAUCAUCAGAAAUAUGGACUGAUAAUCUCACAAACAUUAGCAUUGGGGGUCUGCUUUCAGAGGCAUCCUUGCAGGGCAUGUUCAGCAGUUUUUUGUCAAAGACAAAUGGGUGUGUUCCAACCUCUCAUUUCUCCCAAUGUACCUCUGAUUCAUUUGAUGCAUUGAUUACUACACAUGUUAAACAUUCUCAAAGUAAAAAGCUGUCAACAAAUGAGCCAUGUUCAUCCAUUUUGGAUGCUGAAGAUACGUGCAUGGCAUUUCCUUUUAAGAAGUCCUCUAUGAGCAAAGAUAUAUCGACUUCAAAUGGAAGUAGCAGUGCUGGGCUCUCCUGCACGGAAAUUGGAGCCAGGCCUUGCCAAUUUCUCAAAGCAGCUGAGGAUGACAUACAGAUCAAGAUUGAACCCGAAACUUUCAAUGCUGAUGCUUUUCAAGAAUCUGAAACUGCCCUCCAGCUUUGUUCACGAGUUUAUAAUGACGAAAGCAGCCUUGGUCUAGCAGGAAUCCAAUGGACCGACACUCUGGGACCGUUUGAUCUGGGACUGCCCUCAGGAAAGGUUAUUAAUGGGGAUACUAUUAGCAUUAGUGGAUUUGUUAGAUAAUAUGCUGAUGCAUCAUGCUUGGAGAAGUACAAGAUUCAACGGUGGGAUUGACAGGCAGGCCCUCCUCAGAAUCCUUGUGCGACGACUGGAUAUUUGUUGUUUAUAUUUCACUAGUUUACUCACAUAGAUCUACAUUAGAAACAAACGAUGCUGAUUUCAUUCUCCAGCUCUACGAAAGCCAGUGUUUAUUUCACCUGGCAUUCUGAUACCUAGAAACGAUGUAGAAUUUACUAAGUCAAUUACUUGUCCAGCACUCCAAAUCUAGUGGAAACUAUGCAAAUAAACUUUUCAUGCUUUUCAUGUCA